GUGUAAGUAGGCAUGGCAAUAAUGCUUUCAAGCUUUUUUGGCCUGUUUUUCCUGUUAGCUCUCAUAAAAACAUUUCACAAACUAUGGUGGAUUCCCACUCGCAUAGAAUAUUUUAUGGCUUCUCAAGGAAUUAGAGGACCUUCUUACAGAUUCGUUCUGGGUAACGCUAAGGAAAUACAUAACAUGUUGAAGGAAGCCAUGAGCAAGCCUAUGAGUUUGUCUGACGCUCACAACAUAUUUCAUAAGGUUCAGCCUAAUCAGGAGUAUUGGGCCAAUAUGUAUGGAAAAAAUUAUCUUCAAUGGCUUGGUACACAACCUCAAUUGGUCAUAACGGAAUUGGAGCUGAUCAAAGAGGUACUCAACAACAAAAAUAGAGUAUAUCUGAAAUCUGGGGCCCAACGCUUUGUAAAGCAGCUAUUUGGAGACGGGCUUGUGGUAACCGAGGGUGAAAAAUGGGACAAAUUGAGGAAACUGGCAAACCAUUUCUUCCAUGCAGAAAACUUAAAAAGUAUGGUUCCUGCAAUGAUAUCUAGUGUUGAGAUGAUGCUGGAAAGGUGGAAAAACUAUGAAGGCAAAGAGAUCGAAGUGUUUGAAGAAUUUAGGGUGUUGACUUCAGAUGUGAUUUCCAAAACGGCAUUUGGGAGCAGUUACCUUGAAGGAAAGAAAAUCUUUGAUAUGUUGAGGAGAUUGACCUUUAUAGUAACCAUGAGUUUUUUCAAGAUCAAGCUUCCCAUCAUCAGCAAGUUCACAAAAGAUGAGAUAGAAUCUGAUAUGCUUGAGAGAGAAAUCAGUAACUCCAUAAUGGUGAUGGCCAAGAAAAGAGAAGAUAAGGUAAUGAGUGGAGAAGAAGGUAACUACGGACGUGAUCUUCUUGGGGGGCUAAUGAAGGCUCACCAUGAUGCCGAUCGAAAGAAGCAGAUUUCGAUGGGGGAUUUGAUUACCGAGGUCAGGUCAUUCUACUUUGCUGGACAGGAAACCACUAAUAGCUUGCUUGCAUGGACUGUGUUGCUUCUAGCAAUCCAUACAGAUUGGCAAGAGGAAGCAAGAAAGGAGGCGGUCAACUCAUUUGGUGAACAUAAUCCAACCUCAGAUGGCAUUUCAAGACUAAAAGUAAUUAGCCAGAUAAUUAACGAGUCUACAAGACUAUAUCCUCCCGUAGUUGCCUUUUCGAGGCACGUGGAAGAAGAAGUUAGACUAGGAAAUCUCAAUCUUCCUGCUAAAAUGGGACUUAUCAUCUCCAAUUUACCACUUCAUCUUGACCCUCAGAUAUGGGGAGAAGAUGUGCUUGAGUUUAAACCGGAGAGGUUCUCAGAAGGGGUUGUGAAAGCUACUAACAACAACCCGGCCGCUGUGGGAGGUGAGAGGCCCGUCGGUGGGAAGAUUUGCGCGGUUAGCGCCGGCGUUGGGGGAGAUUCGUUGUGCUCCGGUUCCCCUCCGACAACUUUAUGUGAGGAGCUCGAGUUUCGACAACUUUGUGUGCAUUCCGGCGACUUUGCCACUGCAACUCGCGAUCUUCAUUGGCAACAGCUUGAGAUCGACAUGGUCGGCGUUUGUGAUGGAGUUCGACCGACAUUAACAGAGAGAGAUAGAGAAGGUGAGAGGUGA